AGCUAUAAUAGAAAGUUGGACUGACCACGUAAGUAAUGUUCACACACAGUCAUUAGCCAUUGUUGCGGUAAGACGUGUGUCAUUUUGAGAAGGCCGAAAAACCAGACAGAGUCAUCGUGACCACCUAUGAAACAGGAAUUGGGAACGAACUCUACAUAACAAACAGUAUACCUCAAAUAAAGCUCGAUGAGACUGAGUUGUCUCAUGAAAAACGUGUUCUUUUAAAAACCUCGCAUCCGUGUUCGGUUAUGAAACAUGGCGGAGUUGAAGACAAUAACACCGCCAGGAAAUCUACCAGCCCGAAAUAAGGUCAGCCAGUCAGAUGAAAGGAUUGCCGCUGAGAACGAAAAGGAUGAAAACGGCGAGGAAGCGACGUGCAGUAAAGUUAUGAGGACCAUGGCGCUAGUAUGUGUAUGGAUAGCAAUGGGAAUAUAUAUGGAAAUAAAUGGUCCAACAUUGAAAGACUUAGUUCUAAGAACCGGAAGUAGCUACGAGGAUAUCACGAGUGCUCUAUCCGGUCGAAGUGUUGGCAAAUUUGUUGGUGUAGUGAUUGGGGGAUUGCUAACUGAUCGGUUCGGACGUUACUGUGAUCUCUUCCUUGCUCUAUCGCUUACGGUAGCUGCGACAGCAGUGGCCAUUGUGCCGUGGAUUAACCAAACCGAGGUUCUAUGGGUCUUCUAUUUCCUGCUUGGCAUCACCAUCGGGACCAUUGACAUUGCUGGACAGAGAAUAGUGUUAGUCAGUUGGAAGGAAAAGGCAGCCUCUCCGAUACACAUUGUUCACCUUGGUUACGGCGUGGGCGGAUUUAUCGCUCCUCUUAUAGCUAAUCCAUUCCUUGCUAACACCGAGACCGUUGGACCUAAUAUAACCAACUCAUCUGUUUCAAACAUCUCCGUGAUGCUGAUGUCUACUAUCUCCAUUCCUACUACGACCACAACAGUUAUUAUCUCCCCUUCCACAAUAGAAUAUGCGUACGGUAGUGUUGCUGGUCUGACCAUCGUGAUGGCUGGUGUUCUUUACAUGUAUCAAUGUAAAACAUCUCCACGUUUCAAACACAAGAAAGGCAAAACAGAAAACAGCGAACAAAAACUUACGAGAACUAGAAAAUGGCGGGAGAUGCUAAACCCUGCAUCCUGUGCUGAGGGCAGCUUCUGUUUCGGCUCCCUGAUUCUAGUAACAUUGUUUCUGAAAUAUUUCGUCUACCUUGCUGUUGACAGGGUGUUUUCGACCUUUAUCAGGUCGUAUUCCAUCGAUCAACUUCAUUUCAGCAAUGAUGACGCCAGCUACCUAAACACAUUGUAUUGGAUCUUCUACGCUGUAGGUAGGUUUGUAGGGUUCGUGUCCGCCAGGUGGAUUAGUGUGAAGAUUCUCCUUGUCAUAGAAUCUGUCUGCUUGGUCGGCGUCAGUGUAGGUCUGUUCACCGUCGGAACUUAUUCCCAAACAGCACUUUGGGUGUUAACGGGAAUGUCCGGAUUUUUCAUAGGGCCCAUUUUCCCGUCGGGGAUCGCAUGGGGUGACCUUCACAUUGAAUUGACAGGACUAGCCAUCACAUGGGUUCUCCUAGGAAGCUCAUUUGGGGGUCUUGCUUUUCUGAAAUUAGGUGGACAUGCUUACGAUCAUUUUGGCGGUAUCGCCUUUGUAUAUAUGAUAAUGAUUUUGGCGAUUGUGGUUUUCUGUGUCGAUAUCAUGCUUACAAUUCUCAGUAUGGCAAAGAAACGUAUCACUAGAAAAACUUAUAGUGUAGAGCCACACGACAAGCAACUUCAAUCUUAAUACUGGCUAAUACGUUGUCUAAAGAAACGUAUCACUAGACAAACGUAUAGUGUAGAGCCACACGACAAGCAACUUCAAUCUUAAUACCGGCUAAUACUGUGUCUUAAGAUAAAUUAGUUUGAUGUGUGUUCGGGGAGGGGAGUUGGUUCAAGGUAGUUUCUUUAAGGUUCAACUUAUUUAGUUCCCAACAUCUUUUUGUGGGUUUAGUCUCUCUUACAACAUGUAGCCUUACGCGGGAAGCCUCUUUCCCAUCAUUUACCCUACUCGUUCAUUUCUAUACUUUUCAACCUAUUAUUCAUUUGUCCGUUUUCACGUAUUUCUUCUUUAAAUUUCUAAACCCAACUAAAAGCUUAACUCCUGAUUCAAAAGAAUUCGAACAAUAAUUAUAAACUUGUGUAAGAGUUAUUGCCCUUUGACUUCCUACCAGCUGUAUAACCAUGAACUAUACUGUUAGAUCCAGUGCCGUUUUAAUUUGUUUCCGUAAGGUCUCCAAUAAUGUAACAAUGUUUUAACUAUUUGUUUACUAACAGUAUUCAGUUCGGUGUAUAAUCCCGAUAUGCCUUGGCCAUUUUCCCGUUUCAAACGGUUUAACCGAUUGGACCAGAGUAUAUAAAUUAUGAAAAAGUAAGACAGACCUGUAGUGAUUUGAUGUUGUUAGCGAGCCUUGACAACGACCUCGAAAGUCUGCAUCUACAUGUCCGUCAUGCGGUAUCCCUGAAAUAUCCAUUAAAAACAAACUAAUCGGUUUGCCAGCAUGAAUGAACAGGCCCCUUGUCAUAUCCUAGCUAUAGAGAUUUAACUGUACAUCACAAAGAUGUAAAUAAAGGUUAUAACUUCAAAGUUAUAUUGUUUUAUGUCCAUUACAGUAUAUGUAUAUAUAGCAGAUAUUGUAGCUUUAUAUAAGGGAAGGUCUAGCUUUAUCUAAUUUUAAAUGUUAUUAUUAAUAGUGAAUAUUCAUUUGAGUAUACCAUAUGCUAUCGAAUCUGUAGUUGAUGAUA